GAUAUAAUGAGAUGCAACCUGGACAAUGUUGACCCUUUACUCCAAAAAAGCAGCAUUGGUCCUGCUUAUAUUGGCUGCAAAGUAAUGGCAUUCAGGUCAAAGGACAGGGCUAACACAGGAGUAGAUGCCAUCUGCAGCUACAGAGAUGAGCCUCCAGACCCCAAGUUCAGCAGAGUGACAGUUUACCAUGAACUGAGCAAUAUGACAAAUGGCAUCACCAAGCUGGGACACUACAGCCUUAACAGGCAGAGCCUCUACGUUAAUGAUUACAAUGAACUUCACAGUCUGUCAACGGUGAAACCAACCACCACACAAAGCCCAGGACCAAUAAUAGCACAAUUCAUACUGAACUUCACAAUAAUCAACCUCAGGUUCACAACAGGCCUAGAGACACCAAAUUCUGCUAAAUUCAAUUCGACUAAGAAAAUAAUGCAACGUUACAUUGACCCUCUGCUUCAGAACAGCAGCAUUGGCCCCUAUUUCACUGGCUGCAAAGUAGUCAGAUUCAGGUCAGUGAGCAACAGGAAUAACAUAGGAGUAGACACCAUCUGCAACUAUGGAAAUGACUCCCAAGUACCCAAGUUUGACCAAGCUAAGGUUUACCAAGACCUAAGGAGUAUGACAAAUGGCAUCACCAAACUAGGAAUAUAUAAUCUGGAUAACAAGAGUCUCUAUAUCAAUGGUUACAACAAACCUCUUGAGAGAUCGUCUCUGAGUGUAACUACUGCACCAAACCCAACAUCCAGGCAUUUCACACUUAAUUUCACCUUGACCAGCCUCCCGUCUGGGAGAGACAGGAAUGAUACAGGUGUAGAUGCUGUCUGCAGCUACAAAACCAAUAUCAGCCUUUCCAGCUUUGACAGAGAAAAGAUUUAUGAUGAGCUGAGCAACAUGACAAAUGGUGUCACCACACUAGGGCACUACAGCCUGGAGAAGAACAGCCUGUACAUCAAUGGUUUCCAUCUCACAGACACAGCUAUCACCAGAAAGCCUGUCUUGACUGAAGGUCCAGCUAAACUGGGCUACAGACUGAGCUUUAGAAUAGUCAAUGAAAAUCUAACUAACCCAGACCCUCAGUCUCCAGAAUACAAAGCAGCAGCAGAAAGCAUCAGUAACAAGAUGAAUCAACUAUAUCAUCAGAGCAACCUGCGAGACCAGUUCCUGUACUGCAGUAUCACAAAGCUGAGGACUGGAUCCAUAGUGGUUGACUGCAAGUGCUUCUUCCAGCCAGAGCCCGGCAUCAACAGGGCUGUGGUUGAAAGGGCUUUUCAGGACAGCACUUCAAAUGCAACUGGACAGUGGCUCGGAAGCAGUUACCAGCUGCAAGGAUUCUCAGUGGACAGCUUGGAACUAGCGAUUGAGGCAGCGACUUACAAAACACCCCUCAAGUCUGGGAAAGAAAACUUCAGAUUAAAUUUCAGAAUCUCCAACCUUCCCUACUCCCCAGAACUGCAGGACUCCAGGUCACAAAUGUACCAAGUGAACAAAGAGAAAAUUGAGAAAGGGCUUGACAUAUUCAGAACUAGCAGCCUGAAGAACUACUUUGCUGGAUGUACUGUUGAGAGCUUUGGGCCUGUCCAUGGGAAAGCUUACACAAACGUUACCUCCAUCUGCAAAUUCACACUGGAACCCUUCCCACAGACUUUACAAAAGCAAGAUGUGUACGAAGAGCUGAAACGCCUGCUGCAUGGGUUCACCAAGCUGGGCCCCAGCUAUGAGCUAGAAGAUCAGAGUCUGACUGUUGAAGGUUACCCUCCACUCAAAACAGAUGAACAGGAGUCUGAAACAUCAAGCCUGGGUUCUGUAAUCACCACCUCCUCUAACACUUCCAGCUUCUCCUUGAGUGAAGAAAUGGAAUUGAAAACAGCAGCAGUGGUGAUUGAGAAGGGCACUAGGAGCUGUAAGUUAGGAUUUUCUUGACAGCAGACACCCACAGCUGAAAUCAACACGCUGACAAAUCUGAGGUUUUUCAUUGGAUAGGAAAGUUUGCUUUACCCUGACACCAAAAUUAUUGAGCCAAUGCAGAAUGGCACCACCAACAUCAAUUGGGAAGCAGACAAAACUCCAUGGCAUGCCAUGCCAGUCCAUGGGGGCUACAGCUUGACAUGUGCCACUGAGGAGGACCUGUCAGGGUCAUGCCUCUCUUGGUACCUAAUCACACUUUUGGGGGACACAGGGUACACACUCAAGCGAGUACCAGCUUCCACCAGUCAGCUGCACUCUGGUUUUCCCCUGCCUGAUGGCCAGACCACCAGACCCAGCAAAGAGAGGCUUCAAUGCCCAGAAGUGCUCUUUCACUCCGUGCUAAAGUGGGGCUGGAGAGGAAUCCUGCAAAGCCUGGCCCCCAGCACCAAGAUCAGGGUGGCUGCCACACCACUGCAGAGGUUCUCAGCAAGGACCUCCCUCAAGAGCUUCCAGAGGUGGUGGAUGAAGGGGAAGUAUGAUGAAGAGGGGCCACCCAUUAUCCACCAGAGAUGCUACGGAGGGGACACCCACACCAGGCCCAGGGAGCAGUUACAGGCCAAAGAGCAGAAAGCAGCAAUAAAUGAUUUUGUGAUAUCAGGUGCCAUCUCCUCCCCAGCUGAGGGCUGUUUGGGUAAAAAACCAUACUCCAGCUACAGAGAUGAAGCCAAAAGAUGCUGUUUUCAGGGAGACGAGACACGACACGACGCGACACUCACCACCAGCCCAUAG